AUCAGGCCCUAACCCCCAAAUACCUUCUUCUCCAAUCUCCAAUGGCGAAAGAAGACCGACUCAGUGAUUUGCCUGACUCAAUUCUAAUUCACAUUCUCUCUAUGUUGCGUGAAGGGAGUAUAAGAAUUGUGAGAACCAGCUUAUUAUCUAAGCGAUGGCAGUUUCUUUGGAUGUCUGUUCCAGUAUCACUCAAUUUCAAUUUACGUGACAAUCUCUACGAUUCCGUAAUGCAAGAUUUGGUAAAUUCCACGCAUAGAAAUCUUCAUUUUUUCAGGUUUUUCAAGAAAAUCAGGAAAUUCAAGUUGAAUAUGCAUUAUGAUAGGCCGGAGGAGUUUGUUAGAGAUAUCGAUUUAUGGGUAUUUUUCGCAACUAAACUAGCAAACGUUGAAGAUUUUGAACUUAAUUGUGAAUCUGGAUAUGAGUUUCCUCAGUUUGCAUAUGAGAAUACGUCCUUGAGGAAUUUGGAUUUACGGUUCUGUACAGUGAAUCCUUUAGCUAACGUGAAUUGGAGAGGUAUCGUUUCUCUUUCGUUUACUGGCAUGGAUUUGACGGAUGGUGUAAUGCAAAAGAUAUUAUCUGGUUGCCCUAACUUGGAGUGCUUGAAAUUCUACGGUUGUUGUGGACUUCAUCCUCUGGAAAUCAGCAACGUGAAGUUGAGAAAAUUGAUUAUAGACAACUCAGAAAUUACUGAAUGUGAUCCAUGGCUUGAUAUACUUGCCCCAUAUAUUCAAAAAUUGAAAAUUUCGGGGUGGUGCGAAGUGAUACGCUUGAGAAAUGUGGAUUCCCUUGUCACUGCAGUCCUUGAUUUUAAUUUUAAUUUUGAAGAGGAGGAUCCAUUGCAGAGGAAGAGGAAGGAGUCUACUUGUUUGAAGGAACUUUUUCGCAGCAUUGCCCAUGUCGAGAAGGUCGAAUUAGGUCCCUUGUGCAUCCAGUCCAUACUGGAAUUGGAAGGGUGGCAGCCUCCACCAUCAACCUGGAAAUUCUUACAACUUAGCACAACCUUGAGGCAAUUGGAUUUCCCUGGAAUUUGCAGUUUUCUACAGAGUUCAUCGCAUCUUGAGACUUUAGUCAUUGAUGGUUACAAAGAAUCAAGAGCCCAGCUGUUAUGUUACCCAAAUAAGGAUGAGCAGAUGAAGAGGUUUGAGACACAUAAUUUUAGUGGCUCAUUUCUACAUCUGAAGACCAUCAAGAUCCUUGACCUUUCUGAGUCCAUGCUGCCGUUUGUUAAAUAUUUGCUCAAGCAUGCAAGUGUGCUAGAAAAAGUUUUCAUUGAUGAGUCUCUGGAUGUAACAAUGGUACGGGAGCUUCUGCGCUUUCCAAGAUCCUCUCCAUGAGCUUUAGUUGUCUUUUGGCCACUGUUAAUCACAACAUCUGUGACUUUAUGUUUGAUAGACAAGGUGCACUUGUAUGUAUCCAAGGAGUUAUCUCUAGUCCAAGUAAACAAUGUGUUCAUUCUCUAAGAAAGGUUGUUAUUAA